GCUUUUAUUACAGGAGGUUACUGCACUUCCACCAUCGCCGGGCAGAAUCCUGGGAAAAAUGUGGGCCAUACUAUAUUUUUAGUAUGCUGCCCGCCAUAACCCCCCCCUUCAUUACAAUUGUAAUUGUAACUACAUUUCUUUUACAAUUGUGAUCUUUUCUCUGAAAUCACACUAUAGCAGACGCAGUGAUUGCAUAGUAGAACAAAUUUAUUUCCAAAAAGAUGAGUGUGCCGUCGGACCGUGUGGCGCAGCCACAGCCGCACAAUAAGGUGGGAAGCUAUUGCGCCGAGACGGAUGGAGACUUGGAGAAGUGGUUGGUGGCGCAAAACCUACCUCAGGCCGCAAACUGGGGAGAGGCACCGGGCACGAAGCCAGUCGCGAAAUUGGCUGAAGAAAUCCGCCUGGGCGAAACGGUGGUGGAACUUUGGAAGACGAAGGACGGAGCACUCACACUACCAGUACGCUGUGUGCACGUGCUGCGAGGAAAAGUAAGAUGAUAGAUACCUCCAUGAGAUGAAACUCCUUGAAUGCAUUUUGGACAAAUCUUACCAUGUAUUUUUGUCGUUUUGUCGGAUUAUACGGUGAACUGAAUUUAUUUUUCUUCCACAGAACAAACACUUAAUAGCAUAAAGGUGUGUUCUCCUGAAAGCCGGCGCCAGGGACUGUUUUUGAUGAACACGUGGCAGCAGACGGCAAAGGGAGACUUUCUUAUGAACAGGCGUACUAAAUUCGUUGUAUUGUCAUUCUCCAAGUUUUUGAUUUGCUAGUAUCGUGGAAAGUCAUUGGCGUCCUUGAUUUCACGUUGAUCAGUUUUUUUUGUGUUGAGGUUGAUGACCUCGAUCUCUUCCUGCUUUGCUAAUAGCCGAUUCCGGAACGGCCUGCUUUCGGAGAAGCUAGGCACGGAUGAACUGCCUAUCAGGGAGCACCUCUUCAAAGCUGGGACGCGUGCAGUGCGCGAGGAGGAGAUGGCUCGCCUAGCUCCAAAAAGUUGCAGGCUCGUGUUACGGCCUCUACUUAGUCGCUAUAAGCGACGUAUUUUCCUCGAGAUCACACACUACAACGAGGUCAUUGUAGGCGUAGAAUGUUUGUGAGUCAAGCAGUAGAAGGUAAUUUAAGGAGGCCGUUUCCCCUGUACCCAUGCUGUAAUUACUCGGUGGUUCCGAAGUGUUUCGUCCAUAUCUCAAAUGUAAUAUAUGAAGAUCUCCAUAUUGCAUGCAUGACAAAGAACAAGUGCAUCUGCACGCUAAUUAUAGAUGCGAAGGCCUUAGCUUAUGCGGAGUCGGACGUGUGUCCUUUGGAGGUGAAAGAUGUGGUUUUUCAGGACGAAACAACCGAACGGGAGCAGAGCAAAUCAUUUCCAGGUACCAUAAACGAAAGGAAAUAUUCGUGUAUAAAAAUGCAACAAGAAGAUCAUCCAUGUUGUUGUCCUAACACUAUGCAUAUGCAUUUGUCGGCAGUCGGAGACCUUAACCCUUUUGCUGCACAUCGCAAGUUUGCAAUAUCAUCUUCAGGUCUUUUCACGGUCUACUACCUUUAUACGGUGGAUAUCGUGUGCGAGAAUCUGCCGGCUGGUGAUUUCAACACAUUGGAAUACGAAAAGAAGGCCGGUGCUUGGCAAGUGAAGUACGUGCAUGCGUGGCAGUGGACAGCAUGGAAUCUGCUGAAGCUACACCUUUUUGAAGGUAGUACCUGCCGAGAGCGGCCUCAGAAAUUCGAAUCCGUGGAGGCAAUGAAGGAGUGGCUUUCGAGUACCUAUUUUUAGUGCAACGAUUUCAUAGGGACUAGUACUGAGAAUGAAUUCUUCAUAGCUUUUCCUUGUCAAUAAGGUGACGAAUAAUUCUAAAGCUUUCAACUUUUUUCAAUUCUCUCGUAGCGCACGGAGGCUCAACUUUGCAGCUUGGAAUGGAUUCCGAGUGGGGCGAGAAGGGUAACAAAUCUUUAGAGGAUUUGUGGAAUGAGGUAAAUUCGAAUGAAAGCAGCUUAGAGCUGUGGUCGAAGCGCAACGGUGUGCCACUGAUUCUCCGUGUCGUGCAUGUGCUGCGUGCGAAAGUGAUGAUGUCACGGCUCGCGUGUGCAAACAUCACUUCAACGAAGACGGAUGGGACCAUGCCUUCAGAGCGGAUUCCAAAGAUUGGACGCAGCCCGCGCUCGAGCCCGCGCUCGAACGGCGAUGAGCAGAUUGGGUUUUUCUCUGAACUCGGUGAGGAAGCUGGAAAUGGCAGUAGCUGCAGUCCGAAGAAAGAUGCAACUUAUAAUCAUUUGUGUGACCAAGCCACGGGAGCAGCAGGAUUGCACCAAGAAGACGAGAGUGUUUUUGGUGACUGCGAAGAGGAGGAAGGAGAGGAACUACAUGCGAUCAUGGAGUUUGAGCGUGACGAUACGCAGCAGCUCUUCCUCUUCAACACACACGAGCUGUUGUUGCAAACAGAUACGAAAGGCAACGCGGCAUCGUCUCUUACAACAUCUUCAAGUGCUCUGCUGAAGCAAGUUCCGCGAAACCUUUUUCUGACUGAAAAAAUGUCAGUUCCCGCUGGCAGCUGCGUCACCAUCGAGAAGCUUUGGGCUUCUGCAGAACGAGCAAUCGGAAAGCGGCUUGUCCACCUCUUCCCGGAAAACAUGGACUUCAGCAAUUACUUCAACGCCCGAAACUCUGGGCCUCUCGAAACAAGCUCCUGUUCGAAGUCGAAAGCUAAGGUUUUUAGAACUAGUUUUAUGUUUAUCGAGCCUCCAUCGCCAUGCUUUCGCGUUAUUAGCUUUUUGCGCUUGUUUCGUUCAAAGAAAAAGCAUGAGAUUAGUCCGUCGGGAAACAGUGUUUCGAGGAUUGCACGUCUAAGAGAGGGGACCAGUCCUCGUCUGCGGCAGGCGCAAAAAGCAAAGCGUUUGAGCACGGGCCGACUGCUGUGGAAUCUCAGGAGGGUAUCAUCGACGAGGUCGAACUGGAAAUUCAAAGCAACAUUCAGCCGGAAACUCAAUCGGAACUUGCACGCACGCUCCUCGAGGACUUGCGGCCACUCGAAUCUGGGAAACCUUCGUCUUCGCGGAAAAACGUGACUUCUUCUACGGGAGAGCAUAAGGAGGCAACAGUGAUGAAAACUGGAUCCACGACAAGUGCAAUAUCAACUCCGCAGCGCAGCGGCCAGAGGCGAUGCUACAAGAAUCAGCGCGACACGGUGAAGUUGAGCCGCGUAGAGCUUCUCACGAAGACCUACGAGGUCGAACAGAGUCGAGGCUUCCCCGGCUUGCUGACCGUGUACCACCUCUACACUGCGGAAGUGCAUCAGACGGGUUUGCCAACAAAAGACUUUGUUUCCGUACAGCACAGCGCAGAGCAUGCCGGUUUGGUUUUGUCUUCCUCCUAUAUCGAUGGGCUUGCUUCUCCUGGCCGAGAACAAGGGCAACAUGCUGAUGUUCGUACAGACGGCGUGGCUGACGAGGAGCAGCAGGGAGCCACUGGCGGAAACAAGAAGUCCUCUGCAACCUCGUCCGGGGUUAUCAACAAGAGACCAGCGAGUCAAGGGAGCCAUGGUACGGCUAGCACGCCGUUGCAAAGUCUCUUAAACUUUGCCGGUUUAGGCUCGAAAAGUCUCUGCAAUCCGGCGGCGCCAGCCAGCAACUCUCCGAGCAAAUUAAACGGUCGCGCGGUAGAGGAGCAAUGUGCGAAUAAGACGACGUCCAUGACGAGUCGUGUUUCGGAGGAGGAGGCAUCGAGGUCCUUGGGUGGCGCUACGCAGCUGCACUUUCACACAGCACGAGAGGCGUCACAUUAAGGCUACCGCUGGACCUCAACAUCAUCCUUGGCCCUUUUUUCCAAGGGGAAAAAGAAGCUUCCAAGGCUAUGUCUCUCAGGGAAGAUGCGAGCGCGGUAGCUCUAAUAACAGCGUCGGUUGUCGCUUUCCGCGGUCCAACGCAUCUACUGCUGGAAGUGGGUCACGUGGCCUCAAGUACUCGACAUCGUGAACCGGCGUGUGCAUCACUUGGAGACCUGUUCCAAGCUUCACGACACGGGGUUGACAAAGAGUUUGGCCACGUCUGCGGCCGCUGUGCAGGAGGUUCGGGCGCUGCGUGAGUCGUUUGCCGCCAUGAACCUUGCGGGUCGCGAGUGCGCUGCGCACCUUGAGGCAUUGAAGCAACUGGAAGAGCGGCUCGACAGCUCGCGGCAGCUUUCGGAGGCUGUUUUGGCUAGCGCCGAUAGUCUUGUGUUGCCCGCAGACGUUCUACAGUCUGCCGUGAUGGAACGUGGAUAUCACGCCGCGAACGCAGAACCAGGCGACGAAGACGCUCUGCAGGAAAAUCAUGCACAAGGCAACGCAGGAGGUCAAGAGCUGGCAGACGCGCGCUCUGGGUCGUCGAAAGCAAACAACAAGUUCGCCUUCUUCGCAGGCCCCACUGUGCUUGCCACGUCGUCCAGCGCGACUGCGCCACCAGAGUCGGCCCUCUUCAGCAAUUACAGCUACAACAAUAUCGGAAAUUAUCGCAAAGCGAUCACGCGCACGACAUUUAUGUCUGCAGUUUUUCUAUCGUGGCGUUGAAUACGAAAUCAACGAAAUGAAAUUAGUACAACAAUGGCCGGCUCUCCUCUCUCGCUUACCAGUUAGUACAACAAUGGCCGAGGAGUCCUCUUGUCAAUGGCUUUAUACAACUCACGUGAAAGUGGAAACACCGUGAAGAUCACACCAGUGUUGUAUAUUAGCAUAUUGAUGCAUUAGGCUUUUCUUCUAAUAUGAAUGAUCGCAUUGGGCAGUCACCUGGUGGCAGCACUUAUCGCAGUCGUUCGCCCUACGGACAGCGGAGCACCACUGCGGCUUUUAUGCUGGGUGGACAGCUGCAUCGAGGCCGCGACUUUGGCUCUCCGCAGUCCUCUUUCGGUGGUUCGCCUAGUGGUGUGUCGCCUGGGUCGCGAGGUUUCGCGGCGGAUGCGUCAACUCUGCAUAUUCAUGCCGCAAUGCGUAGAUACCGCGAGAUGCGCCGAAUGGAAGUCUUUCGUGGCGCGAAGGGCGCUCACAAAGGUGAGGGAGACUUUGAUCAGGAGCCCUGGGGAGAGUGGGAGUAACUGGAACUGCAACUACAUAGAGAUGAUGAUUAAGGAUAAGUACUGAAAAGAUGAAAUGGGGGAACCCGAAAAACGUUCUCAAAAAUGUAAUUCAAAAACUUUUUUCACGCAAAUUUCUCCACGAGCAGUCAGAAGAGUAAGUGUCAGUAAUUAAUUGUUGCAUGACUGCAUGUCAAUAGGGCAUUUGUUGUUAAGUACUAAAAUUGUUUUCGUAAUUUCUGUCAUACUCUAGUAUUGUCAGCUUAUUCAUAUUUUUGAUAUCGUCUUCAAAAAAUAGUAAUGGAGACUGAUAUGUACAUAGUCAAGCGACAGACGUAACAUGUUCAUCAUGUAGUUCGCUUCUAAUUGUAGAGUCUCAGUCCUGCAUCGUUUUUCAUCAUGGUCAGUAUUUUUGAAGAAAAUGUGUAGUUAUGUUCUUUGGGAUAGUGUCUGCAUUCAAAGUUUCAGUGGUAAAGAAGUUGGAAUAUCAACUCGAGUCAUGAGAAAUAGUCAUAGUGUAUUCGGAAAAUAGUGUAGCUUCAUUGCAAGUCCUCGCAUAUGGUGUAUAACGUAUUUUGAGUUUUUUUGAUUUCUCAGACGAACAAGAGUCACGCAGGUCAAAGAAUGGAAAAAGUAAAUACAAGGAGAUGCUUGGUUUCUAUUGCUUAAAGAUGUCGUACAUAAUGAACGAAAGCUCUGAAGAGGAAUAUCAGUGCUAGGCUUGUGGGCACCUUGAAAUUCUAUCGACGACAGUGUGUCAGCGUGGAUUUCCGAUAAUCGUGACCUACGAACAAUGAUGAUUUCGUCACGUUUGUGCACAGAUUUGAUUGAUGCAAGGAGAAACUGCGCUAAACGACUG